AUGAAUCGGCGUAGACCACACGAAGAAGAAGAUGGAUAUGAACGUCUUCAUAGAAAACGCCGUCGAGUUUCAGAAAAUCAAGAGAUUGAAGAUCGACUUGAGUCGCUGAUUCUUCGAGUUGGGGAAAAGAGUAGUUCAAGUUUGGAAAGUAAUCUUGAAGGUUUAGCUAGUGUGUUGGAAGCUGACCUAAGCACCUUUAGAGUUAAGAUAUUGCGCAUUCUCACAGAAUGUGCAAUCCGAAUGCCCGAAAAAUGUACUAUUUAUGCUACACUUGUUGGUCUGCUUAAUGCUAAAAAUUAUAAUUUCGGUGGUGAAUUUGUUGAUUAUAUUGUGAAAACUUUUAAAGAAAAUUUAAAGUGUGGAAAAUGGAAUGCAGCCAGAUAUUGUUUGAGAUUUAUAUCAGAUUUAGUAAACUGUCAUGUGUUGGCUGCUUCAUCAUUACUUACCUUGUUGGAGACAUUAGUUGAUUGUGCAAAUGAUGAUUCAGUGCCACAAGUCAGAAGAGAUUGGUUUGUGUUUGCAGUCCUAGCUACAUUGCCAUGGGUAGGAAGGGAGUUAUAUGAAAAAAAAGAGUCGCAGCUUGACCAUCUGCUUGUUACAAUAGAAGUCUUUUUAAACAAACGUAGUAAGAAACACUGGCCAGCUCUUAAAGUAUGGUCAGUAGACACACCACACUUACAAGAAGAAUAUUUAGAUUGUUUAUGGGCUCAAAUUAAAAAGUUGAGGCAAGAUAAUUGGUCAGAGAAACAUAUUCCAAGACCAUACCUUGCUUUUGACUCCAUCCUGUGUGAGGCAUUACAGCAUACUCUUCCUGCUAUUCAGCCUCCUCUGCACAAUGAUGGAGACACAUAUCCCAUGCCCCGUGUGAUAUUUCGCAUGUUUGAUUACACUGACUGUCCAGAUGGACCAGUAUUACCAGGAGUGCAUUCUAUUGAACGUUUUCUAAUUGAGGAACACUUGCACAAUAUUAUUGAAGCCUACCACCUGGAAAGGAAAGAAUGUGCUGCUCAGUUACUUUGCUUUCCAUACAAAGCCAAGAUACCGUUGGAGUACUGCAUUGUUGAAAUAAUAUUUGCAGAGUUAUUUAAUUUACCAAGGCCAAGAUAUUUAGAGAUUUGUUAUGGGUCAAUUUUAAUUGAACUGUGUAAACUUCAGCCAGCAACAAUGCCACAGGUACUCGCUCAAGCUACAGAGAUACUCUUCAUGAGGAUUGAUAGCAUGAAUGUUGCCUGUUUUGAUAGGUUGGUCAAUUGGUUCUCAUAUCACUUGAGUAACUUCCAGUACAGAUGGUCCUGGGAUGAUUGGGAGGGGUGUGCACAGCUUGAUCCUGAACAUCCCAAACCACGCUUUAUCAAAGAGGUGCUUAGCAAAUGUCAAAGGUUGUCAUACCAUCAAAGAAUAAAAGACAUGGUACCAGAAACAUUGGCUGCAUUUGUACCUUUAAAAGCAGAACCUAUAUAUAAAUACUCUAUGGAAGGAGCAGGUAAGAAAAACAGAUAA